AAAAUAACCGUUGCUCUUCCAUUGAGUUCCUAUGCACUUGCACUCACUUGUCGUCUUUUCGUUUAUCAUCGUCGUCGUCUUGUAUCGGAGAAAACGUUCUUUGUUCACCAGAGAAAAAAAAACCCACAUAAUUAAAUAACACACAAUACUUGAAAAAAAAGGGGCACCAAUUUUCUGUGUGUGGAUCAGUUUUUUUAAUUAAUUUUUUGUGAAGAAAAAAAAAUAUUCGCGAAAAAUGUGAAUAAAAUCGUUUGAAUUUUUCUCUCUCGUCCUCUACUCUCCCGAAAAAGGAAACGAAGUUUGGAAAAAACAUAUUACGCAUUAAAACAAGAACAACUCUUCAACUCAACGUCAGAAAAAGGAAAAUCCCAAAAAUAUUCAUUGUUAUUUAAAAAAAAAAGUCGAAGAAGUCAAAGAAAAAGUUUAUAAACCCGCUCCCUAGAGAAAAAUUUUCACAAAAAAAAAGGGAGACAAAAAAAAGAAAGACUGCAGUUUUCUAAAUCGAAUCUGUAAAACGGUAAUGGAAACAUGGAUAACGAACAGCCGCAUCAAGAAUUAGUUAAAUGUGUACUCGUUGGAGACACUGCUGUUGGGAAAACUCGUUUAAUUUGUGCUAGAGCUUGUAAUAAACAUGUAUCGCUAUCACAGCUAUUAUCGACGCAUGUGCCAACUGUUUGGGCUAUUGAUCAAUAUAGGAUAUAUAAAGACGUCCUUGAAAGAUCAUGGGAAGUUGUUGACGGAGUGAAUGUAUCACUUAGGCUUUGGGACACAUUUGGUGAUCAUGACAAAGAUCGAAGAUUUGCUUAUGGAAGAUCCGAUGUAGUCUUAUUGUGCUUCUCAAUAGCAAGUCCAACAUCAUUAAGGAAUUGUAAAGCAAUGUGGUAUCCAGAAAUACGUCGUUUCUGUCCAGAUACACCAGUUAUUUUAGUAGGCUGUAAGAAUGAUUUGCGAUACAUGUAUCGAGAUGAAAAGUAUUUAUCAUAUUUUGGCGAGCGAAGUCCAUUUGUUAGAGCUGCGUUAAAGAGUGAUUUGGUAAUGCCAGACGAGGCUAGAGCUGUGGCUAAGGAACUUGGAGUUGCAUAUUAUGAAACCAGUGUGUUCACAUACUUUGGAGUGAAUGAGCUUUUUGAAAAUGCUAUCCGUUCAGCAUUGAUUGCAAGGCGUCAGCAACGAUUCUGGAUGACAAACCUGAAAAAGGUUCAAAAACCUCUGUUACAGGCACCAUUUCGUCCACCAAAGCCUCCACCACCAGAGGUGACCGUUGUUGUUGGCAAUUACAGGAAAGACAUGUACAGUAUGUUGGUAUCCCAAUGCUACACGGAUCUGAUACUCAUUGUUGGCUCAACAAAAUUUGCUGUGCAUAAAUUUAUGUUAGCCGCAGCUUCAAAUGUCUUCUUCCGAUUGCUCACUACAGAGCUUUCGGAUAUGGGAGGUAGAAGUAGUAGUGAAUCGAGUAUGAUAAGUUCCACAUUUGGUGAAGCAACAACGGCUGAUUUUAACGAUGACACAGAGUGUCUAAUACGUAACGAGUCAAGAACUUUGAGAAUGUGGGAACAUUUGAAACGUCGAUCCAGCUAUCAAGCUCUACCACUAAUCGAAUCAAAGAAAUCAACAGAUCUCUACAAGGAUUUACAUCAUCCGAUAUUUCAAAAUAUACGUAUUGUUCAAAUGGAAAAUAAUCGUGGCGUGAAUGUAACACAGACAAUUGUCACAAUGACAAAAAUCAUCACACCACAAGCAAUGAAUCAGUGUCUUAAAUUUAUAUACACUGGAACAAUAGAAAAGGAAUUUCACAAUCUUCAGACUGCUCCAAUCGGAUUACUUUUGGAAAUAAAACAAGCAGCUGACUUCUUAGAACUGCCUCAACUAACACUGCUCCUUUCUAAGCCGCAAAAUGUUUUAGCUAGUCUAUCAGAAGAACCAAUUCAACAUUAUUGCUUAAGUAUUAAGGAGAAUAUGGAAAAACAUUGUAUAGGCGAUGGUUAUUUUAGUGAUGUUACCUUUGAGCUGGACGAUGGUCACAUGAAAGCACAUCGUUCUAUUCUAGUAGCUAGAUGUGAUGUGAUGCGUGCAAUGUUAACUGGCGACUUUCGAGAAGCACAUUCAAGUGUUAUUGUAUUUCCUGGCGUUACGGUCUAUACAUUCCACAAGCUUCUAUGUUAUCUCUAUACAGAUGAAAUUCCUGCAGUUUCUGCGGAUAAAUGUUUAAAUCUUCUGGAAUUAGCAAACAGGCUUUGUUUACCGAGAUUAUUGAACUUGGUCGAGUGUAGAGCGAUUGAAGAUUUGACUUUAAUAUCACAAAACGAGACAAAUGAAACAGUUGAUCAUUGUUUAAAGCUGCUUGAAGCAGUAAAGCUUCAUAACGCACACCAAUUGGCCGAAUGGUGUAUGUCUUAUCUGUGUGUCAAUUACAAUAUUAUUUGUAAGUUCUCAUUAAAAGGCUUAAAAGCCCUGCAUCAGGAUAAUCAGGAAUAUCUGCGUGAGCAUCGAUGGCCACCAGUAUGGUAUCUUAAAGACUAUGACUACUAUCAGCGAUGCAUUAAUGAGAUGAAUAAGGAAUUGAAAGAUGCACGUGGUGAUUCACCAAGUGACGACGAGGGAUGCUUAUGCUUUACCGGAGUAUUUUCUUGGCUAACAGGUAAAAGUCGAAGAGGCGAUAGCAAUAACAGCAACAACAACGAUGCUGAGGGAAAUCAAAUAUUUAACAGCACUGCAAAUUCAAUUAAUCACAUUGAUAUGGAGCAGGAAGUUGAUUUGAAUCUCUGACAUCCAGCCUUGGGGCAGAGAAGAUCACUGCGGUUUAUAGUGAUUCUGCCCGUAUUGAUAUGUUUUAUUUGUACUAUAUUAAGUAUAUUAAUUUUAUUCCAAAUCUACACAUAGCAAAUCAAAUUUUUAUAUAUUGUCCACAAACCAACUAAAUUCGAAACUAAAAGAAUAUAAAAUAAAAAUAAUAAAAUCGAAUUGCAAUUCAAUUAAAAACUAAAAAUGAACAACAACAAAAAAUAAAUAAAAAAUAAAAUCCAUAAGUUUAUUUUUUUAGCCCUUACAAUUUAUAUAUAAUAAAUAAUUACAAAAUAUAACAAAAAGAAAAUAAACUGGAAUUUAUAUAAACAAUUAAGCUUUCUAUUUAUCCAUAAACAAAAAAAUAAAAUUAAAUAAAACAUAACAAAAUCUUCUUUCCUUAACACAACCAGUAAAAAUCUCUUUAAUUUUAAUUAAUUAUUUCGAUGAAUAUUUAUUUUUGUUCUGUCCUAAAUCAUUUUAAUAAAACUUUCUUUUUUAUAAGUAAAAAAACAAAAUAAAUACAAAACAAAUUUAAAAUAUUUAUAAAAUAAACGUUCUCUAUGUUUCAAUCUGUAUACUUUUCCAAACAAUCCUUUUAAGUACCUUAAUCCAAUUUUUAAAUACGUAUAUAAAAUUAUAUAUAUUUAUUUAUAUAUUUAUGUAAGUAUAUAUAUAAGUAUAUAUAUAUUUAUGUAUAUAUUGCACAAUUGCAAAUGAGAAUUACUUAGAAAUAUAUACAACAAAAAAAUAAAAUAAUAAAAUUAUAUUUAAGAACAUUAUAGUUUGCAAUAAACAAAAAAAUAAAAUAGAAAUAUUAAUUAAAAAUUAAUUAAAAUUAAAUACCAUUGAAUGAAUUUAUUGUACAACAAUUUUAUUAAAAUUAUUCAUAUUAUAUAUAUGUAUCUUAAUAUAUAUACAUUUUGUACAGUCUCAAAACAAAAGUGGUUGUCUAAAACAAAACAAAAAAGAUUUUAAUAUGUUUAAAACAUAAAAUAUUUUUAAUUCUAUCUGACCACUGAAUAUAUAAAUUGCUAAAUACCAUGCCAUAACAUUCACUCAGCAGACAAUGUAAUCUCAUAAGUUAUAGGCGGUAGUUCACUGAUCUCUUGAACAUUUUUUUAAAUCUUAACUAUAAAAUUAGCUAUUUAUUUAACAGUAUGUCGUCGCGUGGAAUUUAAUUGAAGGAAUAAAAUUAGCUUUCAGGCUGGUCCUGUCAGUAUUCCUUCAAAUAAAUAAAUUCUUAAGGUUAUUGGAAAACGAAGAUUUAAUCAGUCAGUAGACAUUUUCACAUUCCAACUAAGGUCUCCAGCUUGAUUCACUGGAUUGAUUUCUAGCUUUUCAUCUUUAUUUAAUUCGAUUUUUCAAUAUAAAAGAAUCCUUAAACUGCCUUGAUAUCAUGCAAAGAGAAUUUGCAUUUCAAUAAUAAUUUCCAAAGCAGAAAUACUUUAUUAAACUUUCAAAAAUAAUUGCGUUUUAGUCUUCAAAUAAAUUUCAUUUUCAUAUUUAAACAGAGCUACCAAUUAUACUUGUCCAUAUAAUGAAAAUGCUUCGUAUAACAGUAGGAGUAGAUUGAUCAAGUUAUAAGCUAUCUUUAAGUCGUUCCGUACUGCCAAUUGGUAUUUGGGAUGUAUGAUGAUUCCUAUCGGGAGAUUGAGUAUUUGGGGUAUUUUCAUAGAGUGUAUUGUGUUUGAAUCUUUGGUGUAUUAGAGCAUUACAACUCCCUAGAAUGUGGUCUAGUGUUUCUUCUUGUUAAUUGCAGGUCCAAAAUUUGUAGGUGACCUCUUAAUUUGCAGAGGCCCAUGAAAAGACCUGUGAUUAUCCUGAGGAUAUUUCUAUUUAAGCUGAUAUAGGAUUUGAAAAGCUCUUUGUUGUAGUUCCCGAGAAUCAUUUUGGCAUGUCUCAGUUUUGGUAGUUGGCAUUGCCCAGUCUUUUGCCCUUUUGGUCUCGUCGUCUUUUUUUGUUUUGUUUCGAAUAUUAUUUUAUUCUUUCCCGAAAUAAGGCUUGGGUCCUAUUAAUAAGAAAAUUGGUCCCGAUUUUGCUAAAGAGUCCGACUCCUCAUUUCCCUAGACACCGACGUGCCCGGGUACCAAAUGGACCCAAGAGUUUUGGGUAAAAACAGUGCAUUGUUUUAAGACGUUUUAAUUAAUUUGUUCCAUAUUACCAAUUGGUAUGGCCUCAAGCCCCAAAUACAAUUGUCUGUUAAUUUUUUUUAAAUUAAAUAAAAUUGAUGAUCUAGUAAGAUUUACUGACGAAUUGUACACGAAUGUAACUGACCUAUCGCGGUUCGUUAAACGCAAACAAAAAAUAUUCUGAAUUAAAUGAUUCUCUUUCAGAAUUAAAUUCCACAAAACUGAUAUUGUAAAUGACUUUCAUUUAAUACAGAAAUGUAGCUAUAAAAACAAUACGGACUUUAUAAAAUCAACAUACAUUAUGCAAAUAUAUAAGAUGUAGCUUAAUAUCCUGCAGUUAGCCGUCCUUGUAUCAUGAAUUCAUGAAUAAGAUGUAAUUUUAUUUUUUUCAAAGUUAUUUGCUGCUCAUCUUAAAUAAUACUAAACGCAUACUUAGCGAUAAACUUGCCAUUUUUAAUUUUGAAUAAACCGCUAUUACAUAUGAGAUUACUCUAUAUAAAAUUAUUAUUAUUUGUCUCAAACUGUAUUUUAAUUAUAAAUUUAAAGAAAACAAAAAAUACAAUUUCACAUGUAACAAACAAAAACAAAGCCUUAGGGAUUCGUAGGAAGUUUGUAGUCUAUCUAUUCUAGGCUUAAAAAAAAAAAAUAAUCCGCCAUUUUUCGCAAACAUGUAUAAAAAUAGUUAUAGUAAAUGAAUAUUUAGAUUUUCGCCAAAACAAAACAAAAUACAAAUGAAACAAAAAAUAAAAAAAUACAAAUUACUAAAAAAAAAAUAAAACAAAGAGAAUUAUUAAAUGUUAUUGUUGCCAGUAUUAUUUUAUUUGUUCUUAUAAUUAUUUUUUGUUUAAUUAAAUGUGCAAUAAUAAAUUAUUAUAUACUUUAAUUAUAUGUAUAUUAUUUUCUUAUUAUAUAGCAAUUAAUGCAAUUUAAAAUAUUUCAAAAUAGACAAAAAAAAAAAAACAAAAUGCUUACUAAAUAAAAAGUAAAAAACAAACAAUAUUAAACCAAUAUUACGUCGUAUAAUGGGACAUACACAAUUAUAUAAAUUAAAAAAAAAAUAAAAACAAA